AUGUCUGCUCCCAAAGGUCCCUUCCGUCUCGUUACUGUCAACACCGCUCCUGAGCGCGCUCAGCGCCUCAUCGGCCGUGUGGCCGAAGCCUUGAAGGAUCGCUACGAGAUCAUCCACGUCGAUAACUGCUCCGCUAUCGAAGAGGUCGCAGCAAAGGUCACCGAGCACAAGCCGAAUGUUCUGUUCAGCGCUUCCAUGUGGACCGAUGAGGAGGCCAAGCAAAUCCACGAAAUUGCGCGCUCCAUUGUUCCUGACAUCAAGCUCCACGCUAUCCCCACCGGGCUGCAGGUCGAGCGUGGCCCCGAUGCCAUUGUCGAAUAUCUCGUUGAGAAGGUCCCUGUGCUGCUGGACAGCUAG